CCCGGCUUCACUCAAAUAAGCAAAUGCUAUCAUACACACUCACUGGCGGCCGUUCGAAAAGACCGACCACGAGUACUACUGCACACUGCUGUCAAUGACGACCGACUUGUUUGGUCGUUCGUUGACGGUGAGAGUGAAGAUGUCGGGGCGGUUGUAGUGGCCCACCACAUCAAGGUCCAUCUUCCCUCGCACCACCUGCACACACCCACGACAGAUGCGAGUGUGAUGCGUGUGUGGGCGUGUUGAUGGAUGGAUGGAUGGACACACCUCAUCGAGGUCGAUGUCCGCCACAAGCACUCCUUCCUCGCCCCACAAAGGACCCGCCACAACCUUGCCAAACGGAGAGAUGAUCUGACAGACCCCCCGACACACAUCCACACACGCGCAGUCAUCCACUACACUCGUCGGCGUGAAAGCUCGUUUGUUGAGCACUCACCGCGCUGCCUCCCUUGAAGAGCGGCGCACUCGCCCCCGGCUCUGUGAAAUACUGCACCGCUGUCAGCACCCAACACCGGCCCUCGACAGCGAUGUGCUGGCAGGUGGGCAGCCAGGUGUCCCGGUCGUCAAGUGUGGGUGCGCAGUAGACCUCCACCCCCUUGCCGUAGAGAGCCGUGCGAAGCAGGGGCAUGUAGUUCUCCCAGCUAUAGACGUGACAGACAGACAGACAGACUCAAAUGAAUGAUUGCGGGCCCGAUGGCAGGUCGAUUGCCUACCAUAUGGCGGCUCCGAUGCUUCCAAAAGGCGACUUGAUGACGGGCAAUGUGCUCCCAUCUCCUCGCCCCCACACCAGCCGCUCAGUAUCUACACACACACAUAUAUGCACAGGUUUGCAAAGCUCCUAUCCCUCCCUCUCUCUCUCUGGAACAUUAGCCCACCUGUGGGCACGAGCUUCCGCCUCUUGCCCACCAGCUGCCCCUCAUUGUCGAAAAACAGCGCCGAGCAGUAAAGUGUGCAGGCCUCCUUGUCCUUCUCAAUCACCCCAAGCACCAUGUACACACCGAGCUCCUUGGCCAGGCCGGCCAGCCGCUCCGUCUGCGGCGAUGGCACCUCGAUGGCGCCCUCGACAUACCGCCGAUACACGUCCUUGCUCUCUGGUGUGCCCGGAACAAACCCCUGCACACAAACACCGACACACACGCAGAAAGAGAGGUACAUAAGAGAUAAAGAUCUAUGCAAUCGGGUCUAAUCGGGUCCGUACCAGUGCCCGUGCGUAGCCUCCGAUGAGCGCCUCAGCACCAACCACCAGCUUGGCGCCCUGCUCUGCCGCCUGCGCAACCUUUCUCCGCACCACGUCAAACGUGAGGUCAAAAUCGAAGAUGCCGUCUUUGAUAACAGGGCCUGCCUGAAGCACCGCUGCCUUAUAACGACGCUCUGAUGCCAUGCGCCUCUCUGGGAAGUAGGAUCCUGCCCAUAUGGGUCCUACGGCGUCGAGAUGGAACAUGGAGCUGUCGAGCUGUGCUGGAUGCUGAACCGGGCUUGCUGCUUGCUUGCCGUAAUGCUCCUGCGGAUCUAUCGCUCAAA